ACUAGGGUAGUAGUCAACAGGGCAAGCAAUUAGGCUAAGAGAAACCGUCCUGCAGAGAAAGAGAGAAGCUGCACGAACACUGUAAAAGCAACCGAUCUGUCAGGAAAGGAUAUAUCAAACAAAUAAAAACAGAUCCUGAUACUGGCGGUUAUACAUGUAUUAUGACUGAAACUAACACCAUGCAGGCUGACCAGAGGAGUCCCUCCGAGAACAAGAACAACAGGAAGUUCCGCACCAUCUGCAUGGUUUCCAGUCUGACGCAAAGCUGGCAAAAGUGGGUGUCAGAGCUCGAGGACAAGCAAGCCAAAGAGCCUGUCGGCUGGACUCCCGACUCUUUAAGAGAACUUUGGGAUGAACCACCAAAGAAGUUGAGCACCACCAAAAUAGGAACCAGGGAGAAGACAUGUUGGCCAUGUCAGCAUACCAACGCUGCAAAUUCCAUACCUGCUGCCCAGAACAGCAGCUCAGCUAGCCAGCAGGAGUCCCAAGGCAGUUCUCCUCCUCAACAAUCAGGGGAUGACAGAAUGAUCCCUCUUGCGCCUGCAGAGGAAACCCGGAUUAAAACCAAGCAGGUGGUGAAGACCGUGAUCAGCUCUGUUCAAGAAAGGAGUGUUGGCAUUGCAUUUCUGGCAGAAAGGAUUUGUAAGGAGGCUCCAUUGCCAGGGGAGGAGAUAGACAGAAUUCUGAAUAAGAAGGGAUCACCCACUCUCCGUAGAAAGUGCUCCAAAGUGUCGGAGCUAACUCGUAGUUGGAAAGAAGAUAAGGAGUGGAUUAUAUGUACAGAGGGAGAUCUUGGAGAUGGGCACACCAGCGGUGUAGACAUAAAGGAUAGUGGGUUCUCUGAGGUAGAGAGAAAAGGUCAUGAUAAACCUGGACUUGCAGACAGCUCUGACACUGGACAGACAGACAGGUCUGACACUGGACAGACAGCUAGCUCUGACAUUGGACAGACAGACAGCUCUGAAACUGGACAGACAGACAGCACUAAAACCGGACAGACAGACAGCUCUGACACUGGACAGACAGACAGCACUAAAACUGGACAGACAGACAGCUCUGACACUGGACAGACAGACAGCACUAAAACUGCAAAUACAGACAGCACUACAACGGGACAGACAGACAGCACUAAAACUGCAAAUACAGACAGCACUGGGUCACCCAGGAAAGUCGCACGGAAGAACAGUGACAGCGGCUCACAGAAAGAGAAAGUGGAGUCAUGGGUCAGGGUCAAAAGACCAUCAAUCUCAGUGGGGAAAAGGGAGUUGGAUGAUGCCAAAAAGAUCAACGCGCUUUCCAAGAAGUAUAGUGCCGUGUGCAAUUUGAAGAGCCGCUGGCAGAACUGGUCCUCCACGCACGCCGUCAAACAGAAGCUCAACCCCUUCAGUGACGAAUUUGACUACGAAUACUCCAUGUCCCUACGCCUACGCAAGGGCGAGGAGGGUUAUGGACGCCCCAAAGAGGGAACCAAAACGGCCGAGCGUGCCAGGCGAGCUGAGCAGCACAUCCACGGGGAGAUAGCCGACAUGUGCUAUGUGAUCAGGACAAUGAAUGACCCAGAUCCAGAUGGGAAGACACGCGUCACGUUCAGAGAACUGUUUGACAGAUAUGUACGCAUCUCUGACAAGGUGGUAGGGAUUCUUCUGAGAGCCAGGAAGCAUGGGAAGGUGGCGUUUGAAGGGGAGAUGCUGUGGCAAGGGAGGGACGAUGGUGUUAUCAUCACCCUGUUGGUAUGAUGUCAUCUGUGUUGGAACAAUGAAGAACUAAGGAGACCUUUUAAGAUAAAGUUACUAUGCAUUUACCAAUUCAUACUUUACAACAGUUUGCUGCUAUGGUUUUCUGAGGACUUAAAACACUAACUAAAUUAAUAUUUGAUGUUUGUUACUUACAUAUUACCAUUAAAUUAGCAGCAUUGUAUUUGUUGGUUGUAGGUACCAGAGGUCAGUCCCAUACAAAUCAUCUGGAUGUUUUAAGUUUACAAUCUGUUUUGUAAGCUUGUGAUAAGAUAAAGCCUGACCUUGAUAUUUUCUUUAUGUUAUGCCUGUCUUGAGUUCUAACAUAUGUAAUACAGGCCUAAUAAA